AUGCAGAAGCCCAGUGUCCAAUCCCAGUGUCCAGUCCUAGAGAGCCCGAGCCCAGUGUCCAAUCCCAGUGUCCAAUCCCAGAGAGCCCGAGCCCAUUGUCCAAUCCCAGAGAGCCCCAGUAAAAAUAAGCUGCUGCAGCUGCAGAACUUCAACACCCUGAUGGCCGUGGUGGGGGGUCUGAGCAACAGCUCUAUCUCCAGGCUCAAGGACACACAGGCACACAUCAGCAACGAAACCAACAAGAUCUUUAACAGUCUGAUCGAGCUGGUGUCCUCGUGUGGGAACUACAGCCAGUACCGUAGGCGGUUCUCCGACUGUUCUGGUUUCCGGUUCCCCAUCCUGGGCGUGCACCUGAAGGACCUGAUUGCGGUGCACGUGGCGCUGCCGGACUGGGCUGACCGGGAGAAGACCCGGGUCAACCUGACCAAGACCCAGCAGCUGUACAGCAUCCUACAGGAGCUGGCACUCGUCCAGACCACGCCGCCCACCAUGGAGGCCAACACAGACCUGCUCAACCUGCUCACGGUGUCUCUUGACCAGUACCACACAGAGGAGGAGAUCUACCAGAUGUCUCUUCAGCGAGAGCCUCGUAAAUGCUCGAACUCCACUCCACAGACGCCAACCCCUGCGCCGAAGCCAUCCAUGAUGGACGAGUGGGCGAUGUCUGUGAAACCCAAGGCAGACCCUGCCAUCAUCACCAAACACAUCGAGAAGAUGGUUGAAUCUGUGUUCAAGAACUUCGAUACAGAUGGAGAUGGCUACAUCUCCCAGGAGGAGUUUGAGAUUAUCAGGAACAAUUUCCCUUACCUGAGCAAGUUUGGAGAGCUUGACAAAAACCAGGAUGGAAAGAUCAGCCGUGAAGAGAUGAUUGAUUACUUCAUGAAAGCCAGCUCUCUGCUCAACUGUAAGAUGGGUUUCAUCCACACCUUCACAGAGACCACCUACGUCAAGCCCACCUUCUGCGAGCACUGCGCCGGCUUUAUAUGGGGUUUCUAUAAACAAGGCUACAAGUGCAAAGUGUGUGGGGUGAACUGCCACAAGGCGUGCCGUGCGCGUCUGGCUGUGGAGUGCAGGAAGAGGACCAAGAGCAUCAGCCACGAGACCCCACCAGCACUGCAGGCCCGAUCAUACAGCUUCCCCCCGCCCUCCAACUCACCAGCCAACCUGCAGCACACAGUUAUCGUUGAAGAGGAUAUCGAGGCAGUGGAGGAGGGCGUGUUUGAUGUCCACCUAUAACCAAAAAUAUGCCUGUGGCUUCCUAAGACAUAACCUAAGACAGAAA